AUGACACAUGGAAACCUGAAAUCUUCUAAUGUGUUACUUGGUUCCGACUUUGAGUCUUGUCUCAGCGAUUAUGGUCUCAACGUGUUCCUCAAUCCCAAAACAAUCGAUGAACCAAGUGCCACUUCUUUUUUCUAUAGAGCACCCGAGUGCCGCAGUUUUCAACGCCCACAACCUCAAUCUGCUGAUGUAUACAACUUUGGUGUCCUUCUCCUCAAGCUUUUGACAGGAAAAGCAGCCUAUCAAGACCUUGUUCAGGCGCACAGUUCAUAUAUACCUAUAUGGGUUCGGUCAGUACGUGAAGAAGAGAUCGAGUCCAGAGAUGAUCCUGCCUCAUCAGGCAAUGAAGUGAACAUUGCAAUGGCAUGUGUUUUAGUUAGUCCAGAGAAUAGAUCUACAAUUAGAAAAUUUCUAAAGAUGAUAAGAGAUGCAAGAGGGGAAACUCAUGUCUCAUAUAAUAAUAGUAGUGAUCAUUCACCAGGUAGAUGGUCAAAUACUGUUCAAAGCUUGCCAAGAGAUGAACAUCUUAACAUAUAA